ACACGUCAUGGUUGUCCAAAGCUGAAUAGUCAUAACAAGAAUAUAUAAUAUUCUCUUUCAUUCUUCUCAGCAAACAGAAAAAAAUAAUUGUCCUGCUGAAAUAUGACACGUAUUUGUGGCUACAAUUAUUAUAUCUAAGGAAACGUCAUGGUUCAUCUUGUUUCAGACCCAGCCGUCAUAGCAGGGAUAUCUAUCGGUGUAGUUUUACUGAUAGGUAAUGCAGUCAUCAUCGUCUUAUCCAGGAAGUCUCUCACGUGUUUUGAGGAAACCAAGAAUGAAGGAGCAUCACAUACAGGCGCAAUGCAGAACACCCAAGAUGCAAGUAUUUACUCUGGCCUUCAAGACAACGAGUGUGACAAACAGAUAUACACAGGACUGAAAUCCUUUGAAAAAUCACCCACGGAAUGUAAUUCGGAGUACCAAGGUCUUCAAAUGAGGUCAACACAAGUCUACGAGGAUCUGAACAUAUCAAGCAUUAAGACCCCAACUGAACCAAAUGCAGGUGAUCUACACGUAUAUGAGAACUGAAUCUUCGAUCGAGGAAACAGAAAAACACCACUGACAUCUGUUGUUGAAAUCUCAAAAGGGCUGUGGUUCCACUCUUAUGCAAUCACGGUUCGCACCUGACUUUCAGUAAAAAGGCAUUGUUCACUGGCCUUUUAUAUUCGUGCUAUCACUUUGGCAACGGUCACUUUGACACAUGUUCAGGUGUGGUGAACGACAGGGCGUGAAUUGGAUUAUGACUAAAACGGACGAUCUUUUCAACUCAAAGAAUGUCAUAAUUCCAAAGGCCGGAUGUUCUAUUUUGGGGGGUUAUUUGUGUUUCAACCGGGAAGGUAACCAUGGUUCUGAAAGCAUGGUGUUUCCUUGUUGUUUGAUCCAAGUUGAAAGGCGACUGAAAUGGGCGCUCAUUGGUCACCAUGGAGCACUUGUUGAGUUGAUAAAUAGUUACAUCCUUGUUGUAAUGGCAAAUGUCCAAAUAUGGUUUUAAUGGUGCAUAUAUUGUGCAAAGGCAUUGCAGUUAGAGUCACAUGCAUUGGGGUGACUGAGUCAUCUCAUUUGUGCAAUGUCAGUAAUAGAACACGUGUAUGUAUUGAUGUCGUUAGGGAUCAAACCAUAUGGUAGUUAACUAAACAUCUAUUCAUGAUCACACAAUUAACUUACCGACUUUACAAGUAGAAAGAUAUUUGUCAAAAAAUGACACUGGCAUACCCUUGUGCGAAGUCACGUGCAUGCACGUGUAUAAUGUUUCUAACAGGAAAACAAUUUAGAUAAAAUACACGACCAUGUGACCAAUGUAGAAUGAAAUUACAAUGCCGAAGGUUGUAUCUAAUAGAAACUGCAAGAUCGAUGUCCAAACUGCAUAACAGUGCCUCUUGUCCUUACCUAUUAGCCUUUGCACAAAGAAUCAUACUAUAUGCUAUGAUGACAAAAUAUCGGUGGUCACAAUCGAUCUUAACCAUUUGCCUAACACCCGAAAAUUGUUGUUAUAUCCAUUUAGGGUAAUUUAUCCCAAUAUGGAAAUGUCUGCCUAUGUAUGUAUUUGUAUGUUAAAAUAGACCACACGUAUCACAUUUUGCACUAUACAGCGCGGCUGUGUACAGGAAAAUUAUUUUAUCAAAUAUGGACAGCUUUCGCUGGUAACAGUAUAAACUGAACUGUAUUAUCACGCUCACCAUUGUUCUUUUUCACCUUCAUCCUACGUAUUUGUAUCUCGAUUUUCCUGUUCCUAAAUUGAAUAAAAGUCCUUACAAUCUGAUAA